UUAAAGAAUUUCAAGAAUAUCCGUGUGGCGUCGCUGGCCGAUUCCCUGAGCUGCCUGACCGAUGCUGACAGAGAUGAACUUCACACCCGGGAGGAAACACGGGGGAGCCAGGCCACGGUCUAUAGGUUUUACCAACACUUGAAGUGCCGGCGGGGCUGGGUGCCGGAUCUCAUCGACGCACUGCGCCAGAACAACGCAGGGCACCUGGCCGAUGAGCUGCAGCAUGUAUAUGACACCUGGCAAGCUCGUCCCCCGACUCCUGCUGCUGCCUCCUUCCCUCCUGCAGCCAGCGAUACCCGUCCUGCUGUCUCCUCCAUCGGUGCCCACACACCAUCCCCAGGGUCAAACCUUGCUCGGGGUGCCCCGUUGGCUGAGCAGCCACGCCAAAACCUGCCCGUCGGCAGCCAUCCACCUCCUAUGCCCGGUGCUGCCACUGCCACGAGCACAGACCUGGAUGCCAGGGCCCCAGUGCAGGAAACGGUCCCCAAAACCCUCCUGGAGCAAGAGACUCCGCGGCCACCUCCACCUGGGAGCACGGUCUGUGACAGAGUGAGCAACAGCCACGGCGGAGAGGAGCAUCUCUCGCACCCCAUCGAGGCUGCGCAAGUAGCAGUGGGGACCUCCGUGGCAGACAGUGUGGCCGUGCCAUCAGCUGUCCCCCCCAAGUCGGGCCAGGACUGGCUGCGCCGCCAGCAGCACCCGGUGUUUGUGGACAACGGGUGUUUUGGUAACGCCAACCACCUGCACCGCGGCAUGCCGGGCUUGGGUCUGGGCAGGUCUCUUCCACCGAGGGAUGCAGGCGUUGCUCAGAGCCCCGAGCAGCCCAGGAAUGAGCCCGAAGAGGACUUCUACGUCUCCACUGAGUCACUCCCGAGGCUGGAGGAGGCUGCUCGCAGCAGGGGGCUGCAGCCCCCAAGCUCACUGCCAAAAAACCAGGCUGUGCCCGGCUCCGAGCAUAGCCAGCCCCCGGGCAGCUUUGUGGAUGUGCGCAGCCCCCUCCUCAUACAGCAGCAGUUCGAUGCAGAACAGAAGCGAGCUGAGAUGCUGCAAGAACAUGGAGGAGAUGGAGACACUUUGAUGGAAACGACUACCCUGGUUGCUACGCCUGUGCCCAGAGAUGCUUCCCCAUCCUGCGACACCUCCAUGAAGCCUCCUGUACAAGAGGAGAAACCGCCGGUGGGGGAGACAGCCAGCAGCAUCCCUUCCAUGCCAACGAAGGAGAAAGUGCUCCCAGCCUCGGCAGACCCUCUCCUGACUGUUGCAGGAAGCUUUGAAGGCACACCUGGGAGGACGGCCUCCCGGGUGAGCUCUGCCACGAGCAUCUGGGCAUCUUGCAGCAACAUGGAGAGGGAUGUGGAGCUCAGCAAGCCGGGUGUCCUUCUCUCCAUGCCUGGGGAGAGCCCAGAGGCGGCCAGCAAAUGCCCAGGCUCUCAGGGGCUCAACAACCCUUAUUCCAAGGCAUCCAAGAGCCUCACCUUCAGCAGCGACCCGCUCAUGGUGAGCACGGAUAGCUCAAACUCAGGAGAAUCGCUCUCCAGAGUCUCCUUGGGAUGCCCAGCUCCAGCAGCUCGAGCAGACCCUGGGGAAGAGGAGGCAGCUGGAGCAACCAGAGACUUCCAUCCACCUCCAAGCUGGGACAGCACCUCCCUGGGCACCCACGAGGUCCGCGUGGACCAUUACCCCAGCACCCAGCUCGGGGUAGGCACUGACCUCCGAGACAGAGCCAGUCCCCUGGGAAACCCUGCAGUUUUUGACUCGAGCAGGGGCUGUGGCACUGCAACCAGCUCAUCUCAGGCUGAAGUCCCCCCAGGGGACAGCAACGGGCUGUCCCUGCAAUACAUCAUUCCAGCUGUGGGCAUCGCUGUGAUUUCAGCUGUGGCAUUUUUGGUGUACGCUCGAUUGCAGAAGUAG